AUGGAAUCAACUUUGUUCACCCCCUCGAGUUGGCUCAUCAGUGCUAGCCAUCUGAUCGAAGAACAGAGUCCGACUUGUCCUGCGGGGAGCAGCAUCACGAUGACGCAGAAAGUGCUGGCAAAAGCUUAUCCUCCUACUAGUCCAUUGGAGAAUGAUCUUGACGAUUAUGGAAGCAGCAUAGGGAAUGGUAUUCCACAAUUAGUGGUUAUUGGCAUCAUCCUUGCAACCGCAAUGGUACUCUUUAAAAAGAAAUUCAUUGAUGGACCUGGAUUUUGUCGUGCUUGUUGGACGUUAAUGUUGUUCGGUAGUGAUUUUCUAGAUUCCACGGAAGUUAAGUCAGUAACUACCGCGUUAAUCACACUUCACAUAGGUGUGAAUUCAGUUGGACUGUCGUAUUGGAUAGUUUUAGAUGUUAAGGAGUACAAAAAGGAAAAAACUUGGCCUUCAAUGGAGCUACUGUUUGAAACUGGAGUGUGGUUAUUUAUGUUUAUUUUGAGUUGGGUUGAAUUUACGUCAAGGAGAUUGUUGAAGGGAAAAGACUAUUUUCACGUAUAUUAUUGGUAUCCAAUUGCAAUAAUAGCUCUUGUUUCUAUGAUUGAAAAGUAUUUGACAAAAACUGGUGGAGAUGAUGAGUUGAAAUCAGAAUUAUUGAUUGAAAAUGGGGAGAAGGUCUUUGAUGAUUUAGUAACAAGCUUCUUGAAACAACUUCAAAAUGAUAAUAAUAUAACUAAAUUCGAUCAAAAGUUUAAUGAUUUCACAAGGAUGUUAUCUACUUUAGUAGCUCAACGGCAGGAGGCUCUGAAAAUAACUGAGCAACCGCAGCAGAGUAGAGGCCAAAACUAA